AUGACCGGGGCUCCGGGAGAGGAGAAGGUGGAGUGAGCUUUAGAGAUACAAGGAUGCCUGUGCUAGUCGACAAAUGCUGCUCACAUGAAACCCAGCACCUCCCACUGCUCAAUGUAGAAAACUGACUUUUUUAUAAUUCAGUACGAGAGCAGUGGACGUGGUAAGAAGAUGCUGGGAUCGGAACGUGGGGUAGUGGAAGAAUGGCUCUCGGAAUACAAGGUGUUACCUGAAGCGCAGCUUUCUGCUUACGCAGCAACUCUCCAUCGCAAGAAAAGUCUAGUGUCUGCUCUGUAUAAAGUCAUUCAAGACCCAAACAAUGAGCUUCUGGAACCGAUCUGUCACCAGCUAUUUGAGCUGUACCGCAGUUCUGAAGUGCGGCUAAAGAGAUUUACCAUGCAGUUUCUUCCAGAGCUGAUUUCCAUCUACUUGCGUCUCACUGCCAGCCGUGAUAGGCAAAGCAACGGCUGCAUUGAAGCUCUCCUGUUGGGCAUUUACAACUUGGAAAUUGCUGAUAAAGAUGGAAACAAUAAGGUGUUAUCUUUUACUAUUCCAUCAUUAUCUAAGCCUUCAAUAUAUCAUGAGCCUUCCUCCUUGGGGUCCAUGGCUCUGACAGAAGGAGCAUUGAGCCAGCACGAUCUCAUCAGAGUGGUUUACAGUGAUCUUCACCCCCAGAGAGAAACUUUUACAGCGCAGAACAGGUUUGAGGUACUAAGUUUUCUUAUGUUGUGCUACAACUCUGCAAUUGUGUAUAUGCCCGCUUCUUCCUACCAGUCGCUAUGCAGGAUGGGCUCCAGAUUGUGCGUGAGUGGCUUUCCUAGGCAGCAUGAAAAACGCUGGAAGGAACUGUGUGGUCGUGUGGUAUUGGAUCCUGCUUUCAUGGUCCAGCUGCUCACUGGUGUUUAUCACGCCAUAUACAAUGGAGAGUGGGAACUAGGACAAGAGGUUCUGGAUGACAUCAUCUAUCGUGCCCAGCUGGAGCUUUAUUCGCAGCCCUUGCUGGUUGCAAAUGCAAUGAAAAAUUCGCUUCCGUUUGAUGCUCCUGACACGUCACAACAAGGACAGAAAGUACUGAAGGUUGAAGUGACCCCGACAGUCCCUCGCAUCUCUCGAACAGCCAUCACCACUGCUUCUAUACGAAGGCACCGCUGGAGGAGAGAAGAUGGUUUUGACCUCACAGCUGAUUCGAAUCCGGGCUCCCCGAACUUGCGCACCACUCCAAACCUAGAGGACACUCCCGAAGGGGAUGUUCUUGUGUACCUGACCCCAGAGACCAUCUCACCAGAAGCUGCCACAGAGGGGCCUGAAGGUACAGUGACUGGAGAAGACUCAAUUAAUGUUAAUGAUGCAGAUGAGGGGUUUUCAUCUGGAGCCUCUGUUAGUAGCCAGCCUGUUGGCGCCAAACAGUCUUCAGCUACAUCUCAGAGAAGCGGUUCAAGAAAAGGCGGAAGUGUGCGAUCUACUAAAGAAAAAGAUACGCCUAGUCAUUCAAAAGCAAGUGAAAGUCGGGAUUCCACACCAAGGAAACAACCUUCUCCUGCAACUGCAGAGUCCUCACUUGAAGCUAUAGAGCUGUCACCUAUGAGAAAGCACCUGAGCCUUCCAGCAGGCCAUGUGGUGCCCAAAGCAAAUAGUUUGAGUCUCAUCCGAACCGCCAGCACUUCAUCAAGUAAAUCCUUUGACUAUGUAAAUGGCAGUCAAGCUGGUGGAAGUGGAGGCAUAGAUGGAGUUACUAAUCUUUCUGCUUGCAACACCAAUCGGUUUUCCACUAUUAGCUUGCAAGAAGACCGAUUAGGCGGUGAAGGCAAAGACCUACUUUCUGCUGGUACCCCCUUAACCAAACAGUCACGAUCCCCAAGUUUCAAUAUGCAGUUGAUCUCCCAGGUAUAGGGUGUUCCCUCCUCUGUUCCUGUGCUAAUUUGCACAGGUUAUAAAACAAAGUUAAAGGGGUUGUCCUGCCAACUUUAUUGCAUUUAAUUUUGUAGGGCUCACUAUAAUAACAUUAUUUGUAAAUACUUUCAAUUUUUUUUUUUUAAUUACCUAGUUCAAAAAAUAUUU